AUGUCGGAAUUAAGAUGUUGUUCAGGUAUUCUUUCUAAUGUGACUCUAUCGGAUAAGUCAGAUAAAUGGUCCUGGGUAGGAGGCGAAGAUUCUGAGUUCUCGGUUGGGGUCGUUAAGCGGUUUUUGGGCAGUGGUAUUGAUUACAGCAGCAGAUAUGUUUUUGAAUGGAGUAAGUGGGUCCCAAAGAAGUGUAAUAUUUUUAUGUGGCAUGUGGUUCAAAAUAAAGUCCCUACGGUUGAUGCGCUCUGGGCUAGAAACUAUUAUAACGGAGAUAUGGGAUGCGUUUUAUGUAACAAUGGGGACAAAGCUGCAGAGCAUUUAUUUUGUUCUUGUUAUGUUGUUGUUGCUGCUGCUUGGAGUGCUAUAAGUGCUUGGUGUAAAAUUGGCCCUUUAUUUCUUUUCUCAAUCAAGGAUCUUGUGGAAGUGCAUAACCAUGUGGGGUUGAAUUUAAAGGAUGGCAUAGCGUUGAAAGGUAUCAUCAUCGUGGCAUCUUGGUGUUUAUGGAAGGCUCGUAACAACAAGAGAUUCGCUAACGUGGAAGUGAAAAUCGACGAUCUCAUUCAAGAUAUUAAAUCAAAUGGUUUUUGUGGUAUAAACAUAGAAUAA